AUGGCAUUGAAGAACAUCCUCGUUAUAGCCGUCCUCAUAAUGCUCCUCGUCGGCCUGGCGGUUGCCGACAACCAGGAUCGCAAGCGGGACGGCACGGGCAACCAGGACCGCGACAGGAAGCGUGACGGCUCGUGCGCCAAAUCCGGCACGUGCAGCGGCGGCAAGAAUGGCGGCAACAAGAAUGGCGGUAACCCCGGUGGUCGCGGCGGCAAUGGCGCUGGGAGGGGGAAUCAGGGGAAGAAAGGCACGGGGACGUGCAACAAGAGCGGCAGCGCGAGUUGCGACGGCAGCGGGCGGAAGAACACGGUGAUGGCGAGCGCGAAUGCGUUGGCGGCUGCUGACGUGGCGGCUGCUGACGUGGACGUGCAGGCAUGUGACGGGGCGAAGCAGGCGGGGAAGCUGAUGAGCGGAUUGCGGAAGAGCGGAUUCAACAAGUUCGCGGCGGCGCUGCAGCAGACAGGUGCGCUGCAGCAGACAGGUCUGGCGGCGGAGUUCCCGGAGGUGAUGUGUGCGGGCGGGGUGACGCUGCUGGCCAUCCCCGACGCGCCCAUGGGGCAGCUGCCCCCUUCAGUGCGAGGGGACAGGCUGAUGCUCCGGGAGCAGCUGCUGUUGCACGUCGUCAAGGGCGCCCGCCCCUACGACCGCAUGCAGGCUCGUGGCAAGAAUUACAAGUUUGCGUGUGCGGCGGGGGCAGGGGGAGGGCGGCUGGUGAAGGCGAGCGAGGGCAGCGCGGCGCUGGUGCUGCGAGUGGGCAGGGGGUGGGGGCAGGCAGCAGCAGUGACGCGCCCCGAUGCCUUCCGGUGCACGGGGGGGGCGGUGCAGGGAGUAAACUGUGCGCUGGGCUUGGGGCGCAUGGGCAGGCCCGCCAGGCGCGUUCCUCUGGGGCAGUGCCUGCGCAACGGCAGGGAUGAGGAUGACUAA